UGUACAACUUACGAAGGCAACUACUUAAAAUUCAAAUCAAAAUACUCUUUCUUUCAUUUUCCUUUUCCUUUUCCUUUUCCUUUUGCCUUUGGUCUUCUCUUCUAUAUUCGUGUGAAUCAACCAACUAACCCCACAAGUCCACAACACAACACAACACAUUGAACACAACACAAUUUCCUUUCUUUUUAUUUCUUUGACAACUCUUUCUUUAUUUCCAUCGCCUCAUUCAUUCAUUCUUCUUCGGCAACCUUACCAACAAUUUUUACUCUCUCCCCUUUUUCUCUCUCCUCUUUUCAACCGCAUGCUAACCGUUUGAUUCAUUCAUCGCUCUACUUCUCUUUAUCUAAGAUUUUGAUCCUUUUUGGAGAUUUGCCUGAAAGUUGGUCUAGCAUUUAUUGUUAGAAAUUCUUCUGUUAUGCUUCCAGGCUAUAUUUAUUUUCUGAUUGGGUCUUAGGCUAAGUCUCUGCUGUACUUGAUGUGAUUAUGGCACACAGACACAUAUACAAUACAUCACAGAUAUUUGAGGCUGAUGCCGAUCAACCCUGGAAUCUUACUGAAGAUCCAUAUCUUCACUUUGCAAGACCUAGUUCUGCAGAAAAUGCCCCAAUAUUUCAUCCCAUGGAGAAUGGACCUGUAGAUCGAGUUCAUUAUGUUUCUCCAUGGAAUCCUGCUACAAGAUUAAGUGGAUACUCUUCGUCAAGCCAGAUGGUGAAUGCACCCCAUUAUCAACCUGAUUCUUCUGACCCUUCUCGUGAUUCUAUGCAUCCAUCUGCUGGUGGAAAUGCCUUCAUGGUUCCAGAAAAUCAUGUUCAUCAUGCAUCUUCCUCAAAUUAUGGAGUUGAAAACAACUUUUUUGAUCUUUCAAUGAGCAAUGGAAGGGGUCCGUAUAAAAGGAAAAGCCCUGGGAUCCCUUCUAUGACUGAAAGGGGCAGCUCAAGCAGAUAUUAUUGUGCUGGAAGUUCAUCUGAUGUGUCAUCAUCAUCAGAUUUGCGUCAGGAAAAAUCAACUGUGGAUGCUCAACAUAAUCACUGGGAAUCACUGGCUGUUCCUGCCAGUUACAGAACCAAUCAACUUUCAAUUGGAAAUGAAACCUCUAUGAGGAAUGUGAGAAGCCGAUCCACAUUGGACUUGGAGUCAGAUGUUUAUAGGACCCAUCUCCCAACUAAUUAUCCUCACCAUCCCAGUUCGAGUAGACUUCCAAUUGAUCAUCCUGGCAUAGUUGAUUCAAAUCCAAACCCUAGUGUUCCUUUACCUGAAUGGACGCCUAUUCAUGUAUCUGGUGCUCCUCAUGGAAGGACUAUAAGUAAUUUGAGUCAUGAGAGUAAUCACUUCUUUCCUGGAAGCAGCAUAGCAAACUCUUCUGGAGAUAUGCCAGGAUAUCACCAUGAACAUAUUGCCAGCAGAAAUUCUCUUUCACAAAAUUUGCAUCCUACUCCAUCCCAUACACGGGGAGUUCGAAGUAGCUAUUCACACAGGUCCACUCCUAAUGGUAGAGUUUCAAUGGGCAAUAUGCGUGUGAGCCAUGUGGCUCCUCCUGAUGAAGGUCUUCAGUUGCCCGGAGAGGCUCACUCAGCAAGACAUCCAAGACAAUUUGGCCCUGUAGGAUGGCGCAAUGGUGACAGGAGUGGUAGAUCUAGGCUUUCUUCAGAGAGAUAUCGUUUGCUUUCUGAGGAUGCUGGCGUCCAUGAUCGCCUGACACCUGAGGGUCUGAUGGUUGUUGACCGUUCUUCCCUAUAUGGUUCAAGGAGUUUUUUGGAUCAACAUCGAGACAUGAGACUAGAUGUAGACAACAUGAGCUAUGAGGAAUUGCUUGCACUUGGAGAGAGGAUUGGAAGUGUCAACACUGGGUUGCAUGAAGAUCAAUUGCCCAAGUGUGUGACAGAGACUGUAUACUGUUCAUCAGAUCAGGUGCAGGAAGAAGGAAGAUGUGUAAUAUGCCUGGAGGAAUAUAGGCAUAUGGACGAUGUUGGAACCCUUAAAGCUUGCGGCCACGAUUAUCAUGUCAGCUGCAUCAAGAAAUGGUUAUCUAUGAAGAAUGCAUGUCCAAUUUGCAAGGGCCCAGCUUUGCCAGAAAAUACAGCUGAUAAAUAAGCUAGAGCUGCAUGGUAGAGUUUGACAGUACCCCAUUCUUUGUAAAUAUGUUACACAUGUAACAGUGGUAACUUUCCUCAAAUGAAGGAAUUUCAUGUAGGUAUAUUAAGGUUAUGCUUAGUGGAUUGAUCAAGAACAGAAAAAAAGUAAGUUUAUUUUAGUGUUUAAUGUUAGUCUUUUCUGUUGGGACUAAUCUAUAUUUGCUGAUAAUAAUAGUCAUUCUGUUUAUAAAUUCAAUGCUACCAUUCUAGGGAUGCUUUUGUU